AUCUAUUCUGCAUAAGUUGGAGGAAAGAUCUAUUUCAGCAGCAAACGCAAUUCUGAUAUCAGAGCAGAGAGAGAGAUGGAGAGUGUUCUCUCAGUGAAGAUUUGGGCAAUGUUGGCUCUGGUUCUUCUGGCAUCCAGUGUGAGUGAAGGACGGAUCCUGAGUAAAUGUGAACUGAAGGCCCAACUGGAGGCAGCUCUGGGAGCUGUGCCUGGAAAUAUGAACGUGCCUGUAACUACAGCCGGAAGUUUACCUGGAAAUCUGACCGAAAGUGUGGUUGGAAAUUCAGGUUUGCCUGCAAAUGUAACCGGAAGUGUGGCUGGAAAUACGACCAGAACUGUGGCUGGAAAUACGAGUGUGCCUGUAACUAUAGCCGGAAGUUUACCUGGAAAUCUGACUGGAGGUGUGGUUGGAAAUAUCAUCAGAAAUCUCACAGCCACAAUUGUCUGUACGGUGGAACGCACUUCAAAGUUUGACACCAGCCUUGUCAAAACCAUCAAGAUGAGCCACCAUUCCGCCAAACCUCCAGGCAAACCACAAGUCCAAUCCAUUUCCAAACCAAAUGGACCCCCUUCUGGUCGGCCAAAUGAAAAACCAGACAGAAGUCCUGGUAAACCAUCUAUGGGCCGCCCAGGUGGACGGGGAAAAAGAUCGCAUGGCAAGUUCGGUGGCAGUUCAGGCGAGUCUUCAGAGGAAGUGACGGGCGCAGCUGGUAUUACCAUUAAACUGUUCGGCAUCUUCCAGCUGAGCGAUGUCGUGGCUUGUGAUUCCGGAUCAAACCCAAGCCUGAACGUCUGCGGCAUGAACUGCAGAGCUCUGAUUGAUGAUGACAUCAGGGAUGACAUUGCCUGCCUGAAGACCCUGAUGGACUCACUGAACAAUGUCACGGUUCUUCCACCUCCCCACAAGAUGAUGUUGGAUUUGCUGAGCAUGGAGGAGUGUCGCUCUGUCAAUGCCACACAGUACUUUGCAGAGUGUGUCUAAACGUUCCUCAGACGCUCUUCUGUUCUACUGUAUGCAGCACCUGGAAAAUGUUCUCAAAUAACCACAAUCAAAUCUCACAAUCUCUGCUGCUUCAUGUACAAUAACAUACACAAGUAAAAUUGUUUAUGAAAGAG